AUGACACAGACAAAGAGAGCCCUGGUCAUUACCAGCCCGUGGGGAGAUCUCCGAGGCACCGAGAACGAUGGGCGCUGUAUGCAAUCAGUGCUAGCACAGUACGGCUUUCAAGUCAUGUCCUGCCACGGUUCCCAAGCAACGCGAAAAGGCAUCCUGGAGGCAUGGCAGCAUCUCAUCUCGCUGACCUCCUCCGAAGAUUUCGUUGCCAUAUAUUACUCGGGACAUGGGGGCAUCGUGGAGUCUCCAGUCAACCAGGAAGAUGGAAAGGAGUGGCGUCACCAGUUUCUCGUGCCUGUAGAUUUUGAGGACCCCAGUUCAGGUGGCUUCAAUGGAAUCCUUGAUGUCGAACUCGCGCAGCUUCUUCGCUCAACCACCGCGCAAACUCGCAAUGUCACCGUCAUUCUCGACUGUUGCUAUUCAGGACGAAUGGUUCGAGCACCAGGAUACGGGGAAGCGGCAGGGCCCAAGCAGGUCCCAUCCGUACGCUAUCAGGAUGUCGCUCAGUUCCUGACUACUUAUGCAAAGAGUGUCCCGAAAGAAUCAUGUCCUAUUAAGUGGGAUGAAGACCCGGAUGCAGUUCGUGUAGUAGCGACAGCUCCUUCUGAAACAGCUUGGGAGGUUCAGGACAGGGAGGGAAGGUGGAUGGGGUCUUUUACCUCGGCACUCGCUCAGGUUCUGGGCGAGACACACAAUCAUCGGAUUCCAUGGCGAACAAGUAUCUUAAGAGUUCAAGAUCUGGUCCAGAAAGAUUUCCCUCGUCAGCAUCCACGGGUGGAGGGUCCACAUACUCGCCUUCAUUUCUCUCUUGAAGAGGUCAUUUCAGACGGCAUUCACCUCAAAAUCGAGGAUGGCCGACCCGUGCUCCAAGCUGGGCGUGUUGCGCAUGUCUCGGAAGGGGACAUUUAUGCUGUUACAGGCCUAGAUGUCGAAUACUUCUCGAGAGAAAGGCAGAUAGCCUCGUGCGAAAUUAUCAAUGUGAAUGCCUUCGAAGCUGAAGGAAAGCUGUCUCAGACGACUUCGAACCCUGCGCAAGAACUUCCAUCCGAAGGAGCCCUGGCCUUUUUGCAGCAGAGUGCUCGUUACCGGUGGCCUAUAUCAGCGCCUGAGUCGGUUCUACCAUUUAUCAGUCCUAACGUUCACCAAUCCCGCUUCGUUAGAUUUCUGGACGAGAAUGAAAAAGGCAGUGCUCUCAUCUCGGUAUAUCACCGGGAAAAUUUCAUCGGCAUCCAGUCUCAGAAUGGAAUUCAGCUUACGACACGUUUUCUUGAUCCAGAUUGCCCCACAGACACAGACCAUAUAUACCAAGCAGUCGUGGCAGAUGCAGAUCGUCUGGCCUGUGCUCAAAAUCUCCUUGCCUUCCACAACAACAGUGUUGAUGAGCAGUUUAGCCACCAGGUUGAUAUCAAAGUCGGACUGGUCGAGAAUCAUCAGCCGACAAAGGUACUGACUGGAUCAGGGCGCGAUCAUCUCAACGAGGACCAAAGAAUAUACAUAUCCCUUCGAAAUGAUGGCACGACCACUGCCUAUGUGAGCAUCCUGUACAUCAAUGUCCAGGGCAAGAUAUCUCUGAUAUCAAAGUCCAGUCCCCUUGGAAUCGAGCUUCCUCCACAACGCUCACACUGA